AAUGGAACCACAUUUACAGCACACCCACGGCCGUCACUACGACGACCAUGACACCUUCAAUGCCAACGCCAACGCCAACGCCGGCACCGGCACCCAUCACUCCGGUCAUGAUUACGAUGAAGAUGAACAUCAUGGCGAGAAGAAAUCAGUGAUCAAGAAAGUCAAAGAAAAAGCCAAGAAGUUAAAGAAUACCAUCACAAAGCAUGGACAUGGCCAUGGCGGCGAUGAUCAUGACCAUCAUCAUCAUGAUGAUGACGAUGAUGAUGAUGAAGAAAUGGAGGAAGACGCAGAAGUCCAUGGUGCACCGAUGUAUGAUUCGCCUAGGGUUGGUCUGGGUGGUCCAGAUGCAAUUUUGGCACAACCCAGGGGUAAUUUGGAAAGGCCAUCAGUAAUGGCCGAGGACCGGUAUGAUCGUUCCCAUGUGGUUGAGCCCCAUGGUGCACCACCAACUGUUUCCACUGGACCAUAUGGAACCAACUUGUCUGAACCAUCGGGACUUGGUCAUCCUCAAGCAUACGGUCAAGAAGUAAAUCCAAAUCAAUGGAGGGGUAAAAUUGGACAAUCAACUGGGAUGGAAGAAGACCCUUUUGCCCCCAUGGUCUCAAGGACCCAUCAAGAAGAAUCGAGGGGUAGUAUUGGGAAAUCUACUGGGAUGGUGAAGGAUCCUAAUGCUCCCAAGGAACCAUCAAUGGUGGGUUCGGAUCCUUCAAACUAUGAGACCAAAGUCACCGAUCCAACACAUACAGGUGGCAAGGAAGCAGAACUCUCGCAAAUCCAACAUUCAUUUGGCAAAAUGGGUAUCCACGAUGAAGACGACGAUUCCGGACCGAAAAGAUUUGAUCCAAACCACCCUGAAAAUCUCCCACGUGAAACCCUCACCGGAAACCCAUCAAGCCGGAGUAGCACCUACGUUGAAAAAAUAUCAUCCUCCGCUUCCGCCAUAGCCGAUAAAGCCGCAGACGCCAUCGCCUCCAAACUUGGUUAUUCCGGCCAAACCCCGAGUAGCGAAUCAGAUGAAACCGUCAAAAAACCAGGCUCCGCAACAGAUUAUGCGCACAAGAUUACAGAUAAAGUAUCGGAGACAUUGGCACCGGUUUAUGAGAAGGUGGUGGAUGCGGGAAGUUCGGUGAUUUCCAAAGUGCAAGGGUCUGUGUCUGGACAGCCACAAGCGGAAGUGCAGGUGGAGAAAGGGAAGGAAGGUGAUAAAGUAGUGUCGGUGAAGGAAUACUUGGUGGAGACAUUAAGACCUGGAGAUGACGAUAAGGCGUUGUCGGAAGUAAUAACGCAUGCUUUCCACAGGGGAAGCCAUGAAGAGUCGGAAAAGAAGUGUGGUGAGGAUAGAGCGGAGGUAGGAAGGGUGACGGAGUCGGAGGAAGUCCGACGCCGAUUAGGGAGUGAUCGUGAUCAUGAUUCGAGUAAUGUGGUGGCUGAGAAAGGUGUGGCAGACCGGUUGAAGGAUGCAGUGGGUUCGUGGUUCGGUGGGAAAGGGGAUGCACCUCAGGGAACCGUUGGAACUUCUUAUGUGACAGAUGAAGGGUUAUCGACUUCGCCUUCUCCCGGUGAGAAUCGGAAUGGUGGAAGUGGGGGCGGACAAUGAGUUGUGAAUGUAGUUGUGGGUUUUUUAAAGCUGUGUGUGUUUGUGAUAUUAAUGUGUGUAAUCUAUUUUAUUAUUGAAAAAUAAUAUAUGUGAAUUAUAUUAAUAAAUA